AUGCCACGUCUUAAACGAAGAGAUUCCGUUUCGCACCAAAGUACGCCAGAAGCAGAACAUUUGCCACGAAGUUCACGACGAAGCAAAGUUCCAAAGCGUUUUCUUGAUGGAGAGUUUAAAUUAUCGACAGCUACUCCAAUAACAAAAAAACGUAAUACACGAAACUCUUCGAAUUCUACUCGUGCCAGUUCGUUGGCCAAAGAGGAUGCAAAAGAGAAAACUCCCUGCUCUUCACGGCAAAAAGGUCCAAGAGGACGACCAGCUAAACGAGAUAAGAAGCCGCGAAAGGAGAAAAAACCAUGGGAAGAAGAUGUGGCAGAAGAAUUCGAAGCUGAAUAUGAAUCAGAAACUUCAGAUUCUUCAGACGAUGAUUACAUUGAGCCAGAAGAUGAUGAAGAUGAAGAUAUCGAUUUUGACAACAUAAAAAUAGAACCAAUAGAAGAGACAUCACAUGCUUUUUGUCCAUGGGCUGAGCUUGAUCCUUCAACAAUACCUAAACUAGAGCUCCCGGAGAGCAGUAGAGAUAUAGUUAUUCCCCAAAAUGCAAUUUUCGACGUAAUUGAGAUUUAUGAAAUUCUGCGUGGUUAUCAUCGCACCCUUCGACUUACACCGUUCACAUUCGAAAGCUUCUGUGCCGCUUUGAUCUCCAGUGAAAAUUCUUGUAUAAUGGCCGAGGUGCACAUUUGUUUAUUAAGAAUUUGUUUGAAAUCUGACGACGAAGAACAGGUUCAUUUUUCUGUAACCGAUUCAAAUAUUGCCGUUAACAUUAUUCUGCAUAAUUUGGAAACAAUGACAUAUGCCGAGGUCAUUAGGCAAUAUAUUGAAUCUUAUCCCGGGGUCGAUGAUUCAGUUCGUGCUGCCAUUAACGCCUACAAUUAUCCAUACGUUGGUUUCGAGCCAAAGAUUAUUGUACUUUUGUUCUUGUGUUAUCGUUUCCUUUAUUCGGUCGAGUAUCGAAAAGUGGUCAACAAUGGUGGAAAACCGCAGCAUGAUGAGACGUGUCGCUUAUGUGGAAAAGGAGGAUCACCGAUCGUCGGUUGUGUUCGUUGCGAUGCUGCCUUUCAUCCGUCUUGUAGUGGACUCGAGCCUUUUCCGGAAACAUUGAUUUGCAAUCUUUGUACUCAAAACGUCGUUAGAGGAGUGACAGAUUCACUUCCUUUCGAAGAUACAAUUGAAAAAGAACCUCUAAGAAUGCGGCCGAUCGGUCGUGAUCGCCACGGUCGCAUUUACUGGUGGGUCAUUCGGCGCAUUAUUGUACAGUCUGAAGAUGACAGCGAAUUGUAUUACUAUUCGACACCGCCUCAAUUGUAUCAACUUGUUCAGUCGCUUGAUGCGAAUUAUUAUGAAAAGGACUUGUGCGAUUUCAUUAGAAAGCGCACUAACGAAAUUUUGGAGCAGAUGACACUCACGUUGGAGAUGUCGACCGAAAAACGAGAUGAACUUGUCAAAGAUUAUUCGCAGCGAAUGAAAUGUUCGAUGGCCGAGGCGAAUGAAGCAAUACCGACAGUUUAUUUUCAUCGCGAUAAUUUGAAAAGAAUGUCGCACAUAUUGAAAUAUUGCGCAGAUAAGGUUGCUUCGAAGGAUAUGAAAGUAGAAGAAAUGGCAGAGGGAGAUAUUGUGAAAAAAGAAGAAGAGGAAUGCGAAGUGUUUAGUGCGACAAUGUUAGGAAUCACAGCGGGUCGUUUGGUUAACGUUUUCUGGAGUGGAGGAUAUACAGAAGAAGAACUGUUUCGUUAUUAUUAUGAGCACGGGCAGGAAAAAGUUGAUCCUUUCGAAAAUUUUCGGCUUGGUGAUCAAAAUGAUGGAAGCUUUAGAAAUUAUAAAAAUUAUUACGCGAACAACGAAAUGGCUGAAAGUGCGCAUGCGAGGAAGAAGAUAUCUGACAGGAAGAAAUAUAUUUCAUCCAAGUUUUCGUUUAUGGACGACACUGACUACGCGUUCUCUUGGUCGAUUGCUAAAGGACGAAACCUUUAUGGAAAUGAGCUUCUCCAUUCGAAAUAUGUCGAGUGGACAAUUAACAAAUUAAUCAACAAAAUUCCUUCUGCUUUAUUCCAUCGACGCUGGAUAUAUGCAAACAAAUCGUUUUUCGAUGAAUUAAAAAGAGCGAAUCACUUCAAAAAGUUAUGUGAAGUUUUAUUGAAACUUGAAGUUUUGCUUCGAAAACCAAUUUUUGUGCCGCAAUGGUGGAAUGGUCUUGGACAGUUUCGUUUCGAGAGAACCACACAAGAGCAAAGGGAUCUGCAAUCUAAAGAGUUCCAGAAACAAAAGAAGCUUGAAGCGGAUUGCAUUUCGAAAGAUCUCGAUGAUUCGUUUAUCAAAGUUAAUUAUACAAAGACGAAUGGUGUAAAUACGUAUCUUUUGAGGCAAAAGGGAGAAUAUUAUCGUAACGCUGGGAAACAUGUGAUGGGCGGCUGGAUGUGGAUUUCAGCAAAGUUUGCGAGCACUUAUGUUGGUUUGCCGAAGAAGCCAGGAGUUGAAGAAGCGCCGACGAAUGAGGAAACGACAGCGAAUAGAAAGGCGAAACGAUUAGAAUGCGUUGUUGAGAAAAUGCGAAGGAUGUCGUUAAAAAAGAAAUCAGCACAGGAAUCUUCGACUGAGAAUGAAAAGAAAGAACACGUUUUGAAAUGUUAUUCGAGUACCUGUCGAGAGGAAAGACUAGUUUGUUCUGAUCUCAACAAUUCUUUGUAUCAAUCGUGCUAUUCUGCGGACUGUCGAGCAGCCAAACAGGCGAAACAAAAUAUGUCGAAACCUCGUGGAAUUGUUGGAGAAGAUUUGCCCUGGCCGAUUCCACAAGUGCAUCGAUUCGAAUCGAAAGGGAAUCGAAAUAUUUUUGUUGUCGAACCGAAAAUUCUGCGCAAAUUGAUUUGUACUGCUGGACGUGAACAUGUGUAUAUUCCCGGAUUUUCGUCGAAUAGUAAAACAAACUUCGCUGUGUGGAAUUAUCCAGCUCCACGACCAUGUUUCGAUUUGAGUUGGAGAUGGAACACAUUAAAUGCUCGAUCGCUUCAUGCCGUUGCGCUUCAGCUCAAGAUUUUAUGGUUGUCGAUUAGGUGGCAAGACAUGGAACCAGAGGACAACGAUCACGAUCGUCGAGUUGUUAUCGGCUUAGCUACGCAUGAUGAGCGUAGAAGAAUUAUUGGACACAAAGAAAUGGGACCAUUUGGUCAAUACGAGCGGUACAAGUUGGAAGUAGAAAUUAUUCCAUUGCAUAAUGAAGAUGAAGAUGUUGAUGAUGAAGCGUGGAGUUCGAAGAAAGAACGAGAAGGAAUUGUGGUUAGAGGACGAGAAUGUAAAAAGCGAAAAUCUGCUGGACGCCAACUUCGAAUGCCAAAGGCCGUUCGUCAUGAAUGGAUCGAUGGCGUCGAAUUACGGUUGUUCGAAAUUAAAGAUUACUGGGAAAAAGUAAUUCCACAAUUGGCGCCUGUUGAAAAAAAACCGAUUAAUCCACAAGGCGUUGUGAGAUAUCAAUCUACAAAUUUGUUGCCUAUGCAAAUGCCUAGAUCGAUGCCGCGAAUGAUAACUCCGACUAUUCGAACACCACAGAAUGGAAACUCUUCACGGACUCAAACCCUUCCAAAUACGGUUUCAAUUGAAAAUCGCAAACGUCGCCUUGAACCAUCGUAUCUUAGUGCGUAUAAUACGUCCCAAAUUCCACCUCGUCCAGUUUUUAGUAACAUUAAUGUAGAACCGAAUCCGAAACGAAGUCGGAUUGAUACGCCUGUGUUCAUAUCUCGCGCACAACCAACUGGAACAGUUCAUGUUGAACGAGCUGCAGCUGGCGCUGAGAAGAGGAUCGACGAUUUAUUCUACGGACAAGUGCCACGAAUAACGCAACCAUAUCGAAGAACAAGUGGAUACGAUUAUUCUGAUAUCAUGGUUCGUGGAGGCGUACGAAUGCCAAUGCCGGCGGUGCGAAGAGCUCAGCCACGUUUUAUCAAACCGGUUGGGGAACCGAACUCAGAAAUGCGCCGUGUUGUGGUACCAGUGUCGGAAGAAGGUGCGUCUGCCGUAGCAAGCGAUGGAGACGAACAGCCUCCAAUUAUUCCACGUUACGGAUCGAAUGGUCCAAAUACUGAUCAAGGCAGAGCACCUGCACGUCAAAUUGUUUACAACUCGACGAAUCAAGCCCGUGGUAAACCGGUCUACGUGAUCAAAAGACCUGAUGGUACGCCAGGAAGUGCUGUAAUGGUCCGUUCAAAUGUUAACGGAGAACCUACAAGGAUGGAAUUGCCUCCUGGCUCAGUGGUUGUUCAGCAACCAUCUGGCCAGAGAAUUGUUCAAGUUCGAACUGUUGGAAACGUCCCAAGGCAGUUGAUUGCUCAAGGGCAAGGCAAUUCUCGGAUAUUCCGUGUCCCGGCAGCAGGGCAGUCACAACAGCAAUUAGUUCGACGUGUUAUGAUUCAGAGCACGAGACCGCAACCGGUCAUGGAAGAACCAAUAGAUGGAAUGACAGCAAAAAAACAGUACGUUGUUUCGGGACCUAAUUUUCAAAAAGGCCGUCAGCCGCAACGUGGCGGGACCACAAUGCAGAUAGCACAACAACAAGCGGAAGGAAAACGAGCAUUUUCAACAAAGCGUAAAGUAACAACGUAUCGCGAUUUUAUGGCAAGUCGAGGAUACCUCGAUUCUUCACGAUUACCCGCUCGACCACUUUUACUUCCAUUCGAAUUUAAUGAAGAGGAAGAACGAGAAAUCAGUGAAGCAAUUGCCAGAGAAGAAGAACUCAUGCGAAUAGAGGAAGAAAAUAAAGCAAUAGGAAUGAAUUAUGAUUCAAUUGGAAAUCAAGGACAUAGUUCUCGCGUUUUUUUCUCUUCCGAUCACAUGAGACAUCCGCCAUAUGUUUCCAAUCUGUUGCCAUCAAUUAACGAUACACCGGAUGAUAAAAUUAUUAAGCAGGUACUUGAUGUAAUGUUUAGCCAGGUUUGUCGAUGGGACAAACAAUAUGGAUGGUCAAAAAUGCAUUUAAAACGCGCAAGACAGAAGAACGAUACCGAAAAGUUCCAAAUGAGAAAAAUGAGAAUGAAUCAACGAGAAAUGCUCCUUUCGGAACACGUCGAACGUCUUAAAAAAGAAAUCAAUAAAAGAAGAACAAAACUUGAGAAUGAGGCCGAACAGCAAUGUGGACUUCUGACGCCGUGGAGGAAAUCGAGGACUCGUCCUCAACGAAGUACGUUUAUUUCAUUUUUUGUAGAGUACGAGACACCAUUGCAAGUGGGAAAGCGGCAAAACGUUGCUAGCAAAUGUGGAUAA